GUAUGCGGAAAGGCCGGCUGCCCGCUCCCUUCUUCCGCGUACAGGGCUGCGAGUCCCCUCAGCGCCGGGAGUGCCCCCUUUAACGGCCGGAGCGCGGCCGCCGCCGCUCCCGCGCCAUGUUGCGUGGCCUGGGCAGCUGGUUGGGGCUGGAGCGGCCGGGUGAGGAGAAGCUGCUGCCGGCUGAGGAGAGGAGCAGCUCCGUAGAGGAGGAGGAGGAGGCGGCGGUUGGCGCGGAGCCGGCCGCGCCGAGCUCGGAGUCGGCGGAGCUGCAGGCGGAGUCGGAGGCGCUCCUCAGCCAGGCCAAGGGACUCGGCAGUUACCUCUUCAAUUUUGCCAGUGCUGCUACAAAAAAGAUAUCUGAAUCCGUUGCAGAAACAGCACAGACAAUAAAGAAGUCUGUAGAAGAAGGAAAAAUCGACAGUAUCAUUGAUAAGACAAUUAUUGGAGAUUUUCAGAAGGAACAGAAAAAAUUUGUCCAAGAGCAGCAAACAAAAAAAUCAGAAGCAGCAGUGCCUCCUUGGGUAGACAGCAAUGAAGAAGAGACAAUUCAACAACAAAUAUUGGCCUUAUCAGCAGAUAAACGAAAUUUUCUGCGGGAUCCUCCAGCAGGUGUGCAGUUUAAUUUUGACUUUGAUCAAAUGUACCCUGUUGCAAUGGUGAUGUUACAAGAAGAUCAACUUCUCAACAGGAUGAGGUUUGAUCUCGUUCCCAAACACGUAAAGGAGGAGGUGUUCUGGAGAAACUAUUUCUACAGGGUGUCCCUAAUUAAACAGUCUGCACAACUCACUGCACUUGCAGCUCAACAGCAAGCAGUAGGAAAAGAAGAGAACAAAGGCAGAGAAGAAGACAGUCAACUGAAAGAAACAGUACGGCCAAAAACACCGCCUGUUACAAUAAAGCCUCAAAUAAAAUCUCAAGAGGAUGAGGAAGAGAUUUCCACAAGUCCAGGUGUAUCAGAAUUUGUGAGUGAUGCUUUUGAUGCCUGUAAUCUGAAUCAGGAAGACCUAAGAAAAGAAAUGGAACAACUGGUGCUAGACAAAAAGAAAGAAGAUAAUUCUGUAGUAGAAGAAGAAACUGCUGAUUGGGAAAAGGAAUUACAACAAGAGCUUCAAGAGUAUGAGGUGGUGACGGAAUCAGAAAAGCGUGAUGAAAACUGGGAUAAAGAAAUAGAAGAAAUGCUGCAAGAAGAAAAUUAAGCAUUUCCAGAAAAUCACUGUAACCCUAAGCUUUUCCUGAGAACUGACAUGGAUUUCUGCUUUCAUAUUUCGCUUACGAAAGAUCUUCAAAAGACACAAAAGAAUCUAAAUCAUUAUAAUUCCAUAUGGGAAUACAACCAGUAUUUCUGUUCUUUAUAUGAGCAGUUUCUGAACUUCUACAGUCUUCAAAAGGAGGAAAAAAAAAAAAAGACACUGCAAGUUACAUGUCACAAUUAAAAGCGAUAACAUUACUACAUGAAGCAACAGUUUAGUUUGAGGCAUUUUUAGGUGGUCAAGAAGCUCUGCAAAGAGAUUUUUUUAGUCUAAGAAUCUCAUUUCUUUUUGUCUGCAGCUCUCUGUUUGGGAUGUAAAAAUGGAUGUUGUAAGUAACUUGGUCCUUGAAAAUAACGCUGUCAUCAUAUUUGCACUCUGAUCCCUGUAUAAUCUGUAAAUGUGUAUUAUUUUUAAGGUACUUGUAGGUAGUAGCUUUCAUGUGAAUUGAACUUCCUUAAUGUAUGUAGCCAAAGAACUUAUAGAAAACCCUAUCGAAUAACUUCCAAUAAUUUGUUAAAAAAUACUAAUUCAAACUCCAAAAGAUGUAGUAAUUAAUUAUUCAUCAGGUAUGAUCAACGGGCAAACAUUUAAGCAUUUAAAUAAGAACAGAGUUAUAAACUGCUUGAAUUGAACUGUUGUUUUUCUUAAAUCAUUGUAUUAAGAUACUGCCUUUCCCCACAGAAAAAGUGGUUUCAUGCGUUAUUUCUUCAGAAGACUGUUAAGUCUCCAUUUAACUUUGCUGUCUGAGUGAGAGCAAAUUAAAUAUUUCUCUUUAUUUUAAGUGCUGAAACAAUUAUGUAAAAACUUUGGCUGGUUCAGAUAUCUUUAUUAAAUACUGUAGAUAUGUAUAAAAUUGGCUCAUUUAUUUGGAGGGAGGGCAGAGUAAGGGGCAAACAUACUUCAGACUUAUGCAGAUUUACAAAUAUACUUUGUCACAGUGCUUAAGACAUUGAAUUUCAAUAAAAAUAGUUUUCUUUAAAA